AUGCCGGCUCACGACAUCGCAACAAGGGCUCAGGCUCUAACCCUCAAGCUGCUUGGCGUCUCGAACCAGGAUAUCCAGCGGCUAACGGGGAUCCACCCCAGAACCGUUCACAACAUCAUGGACCGGGCGAUUGAACGAGGCCUCGAUCUGAACAAUCCGACGAUUUUGGAGAUACAUGUUCGAGACGGGCCGAGGCCAGGACGGCCAAAGAAGAAAAAGGAACAGCUAAAAGAACAACGUGUGGAACAAGGGACAGUUGUCGGGGAACAUAGACCACUUAUUGCUCUUCCGUCUGCUAGUCUGCAGAAGGACUAAGCGUGCACGCUACCGCUAUGAGACGAAACUACAUUUUCUUUAAAAAGAGCUAUAUCUUACGAUGGAU